ACCACUGAUCGAUUUUACACUAUCAAACAUGGCUCAUGUGAAUGUCCUAAAGUAGAGAUAUUAGUUUUUAGACUUUGAAAUGGCGGGGGUGUCGGCGAGAUUUCUGUUUUAUCCGACCCUCGCUUACAAUGUUUGUAUGUUGAAAAUAUCGGCGAGAAGGUGGUUUGACAGAAUAGAUCAAACCGUGAUUCUCGGAGCUCUGCCUUUUAAAUCGAUGACGCAAGAGCUGGUGGAGAAGGAAAACGUGAAAGGCGUCAUUACCAUGAAUGAAAAAUAUGAGACUAAAUACUUUUGCAAUACUGCUCAGGAGUGGAAGUCUGUGGGAGUGGAGCAGCUGUGUCUGAGCACAGUGGACUUCACUGGAGUUCCCAGCCUGGAAAAUCUCCACAAAGGAGUUGACUUUGCCCUGAAGCACAAGGAGCAGGGAGACAGUGUGUACGUUCACUGCAAGGCUGGCCGAUCGCGCAGUGCCACUUUAGUAGCUGCAUAUCUAGUAAGGCUGCACUGCUGGAGUCCAGAGCAGGCGUGCAGUUUCAUGGCGUCCGUCCGUCCUCACGUCCUCGUUCGACAGGGACAGCUGGAGGUGCUGCACCAGUACCACGAGCAAGUCUGUACUGCAAAACCUGUGUGACACUGGACUGAUCCUCCAUCAGAGAAAGAUACAAGAGUUGAGCAAAAACAAAGGAGAAAUGCCUGCCAUUGCACUGAACAAGGAUGUAGGGUAACUGCGGCUGGGCAGGUCAGUCUGCAAAGAUAACCAUUCAUCUGUGAUUUACAGUCACUGGUGUCUGUCUAUCUCUGUAUCCUGCAGUAUACCCCUAUAUAUAUAUAUAUUACAUUUUUUUUUUAACAGCACAGUGAUUUUGUGCAUGUUUAAGAGUGAAGGUGGGGGUACAGUUGGUUCAGUGGCAGCUUCUUAGCAUGAAAUGUCAUGGGCAGAGUUCUCAGGCAUCAUUCACUUUUGCCUUGUGCUGAAUAUUCUUCAUACAGAACUAUACUGGUAUUAAUACUGGACAGACAGGAUUUUGACAGUAAGGUGGGUUUACUUGCCAGACCGGACAUAAUCAAGAGGAACUGAAAUAUGUAGUUAAAAUAAAUCAGCCAGCAACUGUUAAUACUCUGCCAAAAAUACAUAAUACACUGGAUAUAUAUAUAGAUAUAGAUAGAGAGAUAGAUAGAUAGAUAAACAUUUUAUUGAUAUAUUUAGCUAUUCUGUAGUGAGAGAGUUCUGCAGACAUAUUUUAGCACUGUGGCUUGUUUCUUAUAUAAUUGUGCAGGGCAAGGCAUCUCUUUCUAAGCCAAUCAUGUAUGGCAAAAAUGUAUCCAGUUGUUCUCAAGGCGGGUUUGUGCAGGAUUGUUGAAUGCAUCUAGCAUCUUCCCUGCUGCAUGGAGAAAAUGGGUUCUGGUUUUCAUGCCAGUGGCACCUUUUGUUUGUACAGAAUAAACCUCGGGCAUGUGCACCCUGUCUUUUAAAAACUGGGUGGAGGAGUUGUAUUCAGCAGCAUGCAUUGCACAUUUAACAAGUUAAGAGCAGAAGAAUACAUGUCAGGAGUGGUCUGACUUCUAAAAUCUUUAAGGUAGGUAGAUACAUAAAGUUCAAAUUAUUUUGUGAUAUAUAAUAUGUUCUGGCCAAUAGGUUAUUUUAUUCAUUCUGUGUUUAAUCUGGGCAUUGACUUGGUUUACAGUAAAUAAUCCAUCCAUGCAUUAUCACAAGUACAGUAGAAAUUCAAAUAACUCAUGAAUGCAUGCAAAGACAUUAUUGUGCAGCUUUGCACCUGCCACUGGGGUUUUCUACCUUUUUUCAGUUUCCCUUCUCUGAGAAACCUGCUUUUUAAAUUCCUGUAACACCUGUCAAAGUUUGUUUAAUUUGACAUUUCAGUCUGCCAUUGCUUUAGCCUGUGUAACCGUUAAAUCUUCAGCUGUCGAUACACGUUUUAUUUAUAAUGCACAAGUAAUUGUGCUUGAGAAAGUGCCACUAUGCUGUAUCUAUGCAUGUAAACUAUGCUGUUGCCAACUGACAGUCCUGGCUCAGUAUUUUAAGUAGAACAUAAACUGAAUGGCAGAGAUUCACUUUAACUUCUGUCUCCAGCUUUGGCUUUGUCUAUUCUUGAGUUAAUUUUUAAGAUUUUAAUUUCCUAUUUUAAGAUGCUGACAGAGUACUUGGGAGCCUUCUGGCUGAAUCAAGCACACCUCAUUUCUGGUAAAUAUAGUAUUUAUCUGAUAGAAAGUAUUCAGUAAGUGUUGCUAUAUUUCCAUGCUGCAAUCUGGGACAAUAAUCCAACCCCUGAGCAGUGCUUGUCAUAAAAAAGAAAUAAAAGAAAGCACAAGUUGAA